AUGGCGGUUUCUAGUGUAUCUUCGUUCCUGUUACCCUCAUUCGCCAUUCCAACCUCUUCGGCUUCUCCCACCCGACAGAAAGUCUCUCUGCUUUCAUUGCUUCCAUCUUCUUCUACUCAUGGCGGCCUUACUUCCUCCGUCCUUAAUAAACCCUCCAUCUCCUUCACGAAGGUCUUCGCAGCUCCCGAAACUCUAGAUUCACCUCCAGAAAUUCUCGAUGAACCCGCCUCUGAGGUUCCGAGCUCUUCCUCCAUCACUGUCGACGCGGAUAAGAUGGCGCCAAAGCAAAAGAUUAGGAUCAAGCUAAGAUCAUACUGGGUGCCACUUAUUGAGGAUUCAUGCAAGCAGAUACUCGACGCUGCGAGAAAUACUAAUGCAAAGACGAUGGGUCCUGUUCCAUUGCCAACCAAGAAGCGUAUCUACUGUGUUCUCAAGUCUCCUCACGUUCACAAGGAUGCUAGGUUUCACUUUGAGAUCCGGACACACCAGCGUAUGAUUGAUAUUCUCUACCCUACUGCUCAAACUAUCGAUUCCUUGAUGCAACUUGAUCUUCCUGCUGGUGUUGAUGUGGAGGUGAAGCUCUGA